AUGAAGACCAUCAACAUGCAAGAAGCGAGACGGCGAUGUACGUCGAUUGAGGCAUGGGAGCUUCCCAAGCACCCCAGCGCCAUUGCGCCAGAAGGUGUACGAACGAACCCGGACAUGGACCCCGUACCGGUAUCGAUGCGGACUUGGUCGCUAUGGACGAUCCUGGCCUACUGGAGCACUGAUCUCAUGAGUCUCUCGACUCUGCAGACCGGCGGGUCUAUACUUGCGGUCGGGCUCAGCUGGCGGGAGGCGAUUCCCAUCAUGUUUGUUGGGACAACAUGUAUCGCAAUAGCAAUGGUCCUCAAUGGAGCGAUUGGAAGUCGCCUACAUGUCCCCUUUAGUGUCAUCGCCACGGGUAGUUUCGGGUUCCACUUGAGAUAUUUUGCCAUUAUCAGUAGAGCUAUCCUCGCCAUGUUCUGGCUGGGUGUACAGUGUGUCAACGGCAGCGUGUGUGUGACAAUCAUGUUGAGUGCAUGGGCUCCUUCCUACGGACGGAUUCACAAUGCCUUGCCUGAGUCGGCAGGUAUCACCUCUAUGGGAAUGGGCUCGUUCUUCCUCUUCUGGAUCAUUCAGCUACCAUUGUUGCUCAUUCACCCAACAAAGCUCCGGCCACUCUUCUACGUCAAGCUACUUGCCACUCCAGCUGUAGUUCUCGGAACCUUGGGGUGGGCUGUGAAGCAAGCCGGUGGAGGUGGUGAUAUCUUCAGGUCGCAACCCGAGGUCUCCCCCGGGACUUCCAAGUACGCCUGGCUUUGGCUGAGUUGCAUGUCAUCAGUUUCGGGCCAGUGGAGCACGAUGGCAAUCAAUAUUCCGGACUUUUUGCGCUACAGCAAGUCCAGAAACGCUCAAAAUGUGCAGCUCAUAUUUGUCCCCAUCGUCUUCACCCUGUGUGGGACCAUGGGUAUCAUCACUACGUCGGCCACGAAAGUCUUCCAGGGAGACGGUGACUAUCUUUGGAACCCGCUCGACAUCGUCAGUCUCUGGUUAGAAAAUGGCUCGGGGGGACGUUGUGCUGCCUUCUUCGGGGCGCUGGCAUGGCUAAUUGCUACGAUCGGCACCAACGUCACGGCGAACAGCAUCAGCGCGGCCAACGACCUGACUGUCAUGUUCCCGCGCUACAUCAACAUCAGGAGAGGCAGUAUAGUCGCUGCAGUGAUAGGUGCCUGGGUGAUUGUGCCGUGGAAGAUUAUGGCCAGCGCUGCUACGUUUUUGAACUUUAUGGGCGCAUACGCCGUCUUCCUUUCUCCUCUGAGCGGCAUCAUGGCAGCAGACUUUUGGCUCGUCAAAAAACAACGAUAUGAUCUGCCCGAUUUAUACGACCCUCACGGUCGCUAUAGAUACAUCGCAGGCUGCAACUGGAGGGCCUUGAUUGCUUUCAUCGUGCCGGUUGCACCAAACUUGCCAGGCAUGGCAUUGGCAAUCAGUGGCUACCCUGCGGUUCAAAUCUCUGAGGGCGCUCAAAAUCUCUACACCUUUGAUUGGAUUUUUGGGUUCGUCAUCUCGAUCUUCCUAUAUACGACACUGAGCUGGGCUGUGCCUGCAAAGGAGACCUUGGUUGAGUGGACAAUCUGGACCAGGGAGGACGGAAUAGAGAUUGUGGAGACGAGAGACGGCAGUGAUAUCGAGAACCCAAAGUUGCCCCAGAAGGUGCUGACUACAGCGGGCGAUGGUCGUCAUACUCCUGACGCCAGAGAUUAA